UUCAGUGACAGCUGCCUCUGGAAGGAGCUGGAAUCACCUGAAGCUCCCAAGACUUGAAGACAGAUCCCCGGAGGAUUCAGGCAGACCCCAAAUGUGGCAGCUUCUAGCAGCAGCAUGCUGGAUACUUCUUCUUGGACCUCUAUAUGGUUGUCACAAGAAAGGAAGCACCACAAAUCCUGAAGCUCAUAUGAAUAUUAGCCAAGUUAUUUCGUACUGGGGUUAUCCUUAUGAAAAUUAUGAUGUUGUGACAAAAGAUGGCUAUGUCCUCGGAAUUUACAGGAUUCCUCACGGGAGAGGAUGUCCAAGAACAGAUCCAAGACCUGUUGUGUAUUUGCAACAUGGCUUAGUUGCAUCUGCCAGUAACUGGAUUUGCAACUUGCCCAACAACAGCUUGGCUUUCCUUCUAGCAGAUACUGGUUAUGAUGUGUGGAUGGGGAACAGCCGGGGAAAUACCUGGUCCAGAAAACACUUGAAAUUCUCACCCAAAUCACCAGAAUUCUGGGCCUUCAGUGUGGAUGAGAUGGCUAAAUAUGAUCUUCCAGCCACAAUUGAUUUUAUUGUAGAGAAAACUGGACAGGAGCGACUCUUCUAUGUGGGCCACUCCCAAGGCACCACCAUCGCUUUCAUAGCAUUCUCUACAAAUCCAGAGCUGGCUAAAAGGAUUAAAAUAUUUUUUGCAUUGGCUCCAGUCAUUACAGUGAAAUACACCCACAGUCCUCUGAGAAAAUUAACAAAUCUUUCCAGAGAAGGAGUCAAGGUGUUAUUUGGUGACAAGAUGUUCUCUCCUCAUACAUUUCUUGAACAAUUCAUUGCCACCAAAGUGUGCAACCAGAAGCUAUUUCGUCGUAUUUGCAGCAACUUCCUAUUUUCUUUUUGUGGAUUUGAUCCAAAAAACUUAAACAUGAGUCGCUUGGAUGUUUAUAUGGCACAGAGUCCGGCAGGAACAUCUGUUCAGAACAUGCUACACUGGGCCCAGGUGUUUCAUUCUGGUCUGUUCCAAGCUUUUGAUUGGGGAAACCCUUAUCAGAACAUGUUACACUUCCAACAGUUAACACCUCCCUUAUACAACGUUACUAAGAUGGAAGUGCCAACAGCAAUGUGGAGUGGUGGACAUGACAUUGUGGCUGAUCCCAGGGACAUUGAAAGUUUACUCCCGAACAUCACCAGACUUAUUUAUUACAAAUGUAUUCCACACUACAAUCAUGUGGAUUUUUACCUUGGACAGGAUGCGACCCAGGAAAUUUACCAACACCUAAUUAGAAUGAUGGAGGACUAUUGCUAAAAUUAAACACACUUACCUUUUU